AUGGGAGCUUGGAAGGUACCGGAACGAUUUGAUAACAACGAAAACAAGCUGAUCACGGUGAGCAACGCCAUGUAGCCACUAUCCCAACAACCCGGCAAUAUUAUCGCGACGUGCAAUGUUUGUGGAAACUACAUGUACUACCGAGGUUGACUCGCGGGAUGCCGACAGCUAUGCACACACAGUCGGACUGGCCUUUCUGUGCUGGUGCUGAGUGGAAUUCUCAGUGGGAUUACAGGCGUAGCGAUCCCAGAAGACUUAUUUUUUCAUCUGUUGGAAC